AUGUCUAUAAAAUCUGCGCAGAGCCAGGGGGCAGCUGGUGGUGGAGAUGUCCAGCAAGAGAAAUACGAGACAGACUGUGAGCAGCUCUCGGGUCAAGAGCAGCGUGAAAAGGAUGGGAGUGGGUCUUCCGAUCCUUACUACAGCGAGAUGGAUAUCGAGAAGCUGGGAAGAGCCCGCCCCGACGUGUUUAACAAUGCGUGGUCAGAGAUUGCCUUCUGUUUCUCGAUUGUCAUGUCGCAAGUUCUGUCGGAAUAUUUUAUAUCUGGAUUCAACGUGAUUAUACCCACGCUGGUGAAGGAGUUUGAUAUCCCUGAUGCGAUGGCCGUUUGGCCCGCCAGUGCAUUUUCGCUGGUGAUUGCCUCCGUCUUGCUGUUCUUUGGCCGGCUCGGUGACAUGAUCGGCGGCUUCCCCGUUUAUGUUGGGGGAAUGGCAUGGCUGGGCAUCUGGUCCCUCAUCGCUGGAUUUUCGAAAAACAGAUUGAUGCUCAUCAUCUGUCGAGCGUUGCAAGGAUUGGGGCCGGCCGCCUAUCUCCCAACGAGCCUAAUGCUUCUGGCUAAUGUCUACCGACCCGGACCCCGGAAGAAUCUCGUGUUUAGCAUAUACGGGACAUGUGCGGUUAUUGGAUUCUUCGCCGGCAUCUUUUUCUCGGGGCUCAGUGCUCAGUACCUGAAUUGGUCGUGGUAUUUCUGGAUCGGAGCCAUUCUCGUUGCGAUCACCACGACGACAUCGUAUAUCUUUAUUCCGUCGGACUCUGAACAGAGGAGGAAGCAAAGGGUCAAGAUGGACUAUUGGGGCGCGGCCCUCAUCGUCCCUGGUCUGGUCUUGAUUGUCUUCGCCAUUACCGACAGUGCACAUGCCGCUAAUGGCUGGAAAACGCCGUAUAUCUGCGUCUGUUUCAUUCUCGGAUGGCUGUUUUUAGGAGCGGCGUUUUACGUGGAGGGCUGGGUUGCGGAACAUCCUCUGCUGCCGUUUGACCUGUUUGCGGUGCCGCACAUGAAAUCUCUGGUCAUUGCGCUUCUAUUUUUUUACGGAUCGUUUGGUGUGUUCUUGCUGUACGGAACAUUAUACAUGGUCCAUAUAAUGGGAGCAAGCCCCAUGCAGGUCGUUGCCUGGUGCACCCCCAUGGUCGUUGGCGGGUUUAUCUUCCCCAUGGCCGUCGGAAUCUUCCUUCACCUAAUAUCCGGCAAUAUCUUACUCGGAAUCUCUGCGCUCGUAUGGAUGGGUUCCGGCCUCUUAUUCGCGUUGAUGCCAGAGGGCGCUUCAUACUGGGCCUUUGUGUUUCCGGCGAUGAUAUGCGCGACCAUGGGGAUCGACAUCAUCUUCAACAUCACGAACAUCUUCAUCACGACGAAGCAACCCAGCGAGCGCCAGGGCCUCGCGGGCGCGCUGAUCAACUCCGUGCUGCAUCUUAGCAUUGCGUUCUUCCUUGGAUUCGGCGACAUCGCGCAGGUGGAGACGGAGCAUCUGGGGCGGAAGCAGAGCUACCAGGUCGCAUUUUGGUACCAGGUUGGGUGCUCUGUGGUUGCGUUUUUGAUCAUGGUGCUCAGGGUGCGUGUUACGCGGGCGAAGAGCGAGUUGACUGUUGACGAGCUGCGGCAAUUGGAGCAGCAGCAGCAGCAGCAGCAGCAAAGUUCAUAA